GCUAAAAGCUUGUUAAGAGUCGUGGAUCAGCAAACUGUUGCGCUCAAUAAUCAAAAUAAUCACAAACCGAGCUCUUCCGCUGUACAAAACGGUAACGGUAAAAGUGCACGUGCCCUUCGUCGGCGCCGCCGUCGCAAUAAGAAGCAACAAAAUUCGCAACAACCUGACUCCUUCGAGGAGCAAACCACUGCGCAGCUAACACCUAGCACCUCCGCUUCCAAUCCUGCAACGAAUCAUCAUCAUACCCUAACAGACAACCACUCCAACACCAACGACAGCCAAAAGAUGCCAGCCCGUUUCGCCGAAGAAGUGAUCACUGCUGAGCCAGCGUCGCGUACUGCCCCCCAAUUGGACCUGGGUGGUGGACACUAUGCGCCGCGUCAGCAGGCACUAAAUGAGGAGGUUGCCAUCACUGGCUUCUCCGGCCGUCUGCCAGAAAGCUCCAACAUCGAAGAGUUCAAGAAGAAUCUGUUCGAGGGCGUCGACAUGGUCACCGAUGAACCCAUACGCUGGGAGCGCGGUCUCUAUGGAUUGCCGGACAGGAUGGGCAAAAUCAAGCAUGCCGAUCUGGAGAAUUUCGAUCAGCAAUUCUUUGGUGUCCAUCAGAAGCAGGCCGAGUGCAUGGAUCCCAUGCUGCGCAUUAUGCUCGAAUUGACGCAUGAGGCAAUCAUUGAUGCUGGUCUAAAUCCAACGGAUUUGCGUGGAUCUCGCACUGGUGUCUACAUUGGUGUUUCGACAUCGGAAACGGAGCAGCACUGGUGCUGUGAUCCGGAUCGUGUCAAUGGCUAUGGAUUGACGGGCUGUGCUCGUGCCAUGUUCGCCAAUCGAAUUUCGUUUGCAUUCGAUUUCAAGGGACCGAGCUACAGCAUUGACACCGCUUGCUCGAGCUCCCUGUACGCAUUGGAGCAGGCCUUCUCCGAUAUGCGCGAGGGCAAGAUCGAUAAUGCAUUGGUCGCUGGCGCUGGCAUCAUCUUGAAACCCACCAUGUCGCUGCAGUUCAAGCGACUGAACAUGUUGAGCGUCGAUGGCAGCUGCAAGGCCUUCGAUGAGUCGGGCAAUGGCUAUGUCCGAUCCGAUGGCUGUGUUGUGCUGCUCUUGCAGCGUACCGCAGUUGCCAAGCGUGUGUACGCCUCCAUUCUGAAUGCGCGCACGAAUACUGAUGGUUACAAGGAGCAGGGCAUCACAUAUCCCAUUGGCAGCAUGCAGAAUCGUUUGAUACGCGAAACGUACGAGGAGAUCGGUCUCAAUCCCAACGAUGUUGUAUAUGUGGAGGCCCACGGCACUGGCACCAAAGUGGGUGAUCCCCAGGAGGUUAAUUCCAUUACCGAUUUCUUCUGCAAGAAUCGCACCACACCGCUGCUAAUUGGUUCGGUUAAAUCCAAUAUGGGUCACUCGGAGCCGGCGUCGGGUGUUUGCUCCAUUGCAAAGAUUCUGAUUGCAAUGGAGUCGGGCGUUAUACCCGCCAAUCUGCACUACAACAAACCCAAUCCGGAUCUCUAUGGUCUGGUCGAUGGUCGUCUAAAGGUUGUCGACAAGAAUUUGCCAUGGAAUGGUGGCAUCAUUGGUCUCAACUCUUUUGGUUUUGGUGGCGCUAAUGCUCACGUCAUUCUCAAAUCGAAUCCCAAGCCAAAGACCAUAACACCAAAGAAUGGGGCACCCAAGGUAGUGAUUGCAUCCGGCCGUACAUUCGAGGCCGUACAGGAGAUGCUGGAAUCCGCCGCGGAUCACAACGAUGACGAUGAGUAUCUGCAGUUAAUCAACGAUAUUCAUUCCAAGCCCAUUCCCUUGCACUAUUUCCGCGGCUACACCGUGGUCAGCAACAAGGGAUCGCUGCAGCGCGAAGUGGUUGAGUUCACUGAUGUGAAGCGUCCAGUUUGGUACAUCUAUUCGGGCAUGGGCAGCCAAUGGGCAAGCAUGGCCAAGGACUUGAUGCAAAUCGAUGUGUUUGCCAAGUCGAUUCAGCGUUGCGCUGAUGUCUUGAAGCCCGAAGGUGUCGAUCUAAUUGAGGUGCUUACCCGCUCCACGGACAAGAGUUUUGAGAACAUUCUCAACUCGUUCAUCUCAAUUGCAGCCAUGCAGGUGGCGCUGACGGAUCUGCUCACGUCCCUCAACAUUCAUCCCGAUGGCAUUGUGGGUCAUUCGGUCGGUGAACUGGGCUGUGCCUAUGCCGAUGGUUGCUUCACUCCGGAGCAGACCGUUCUGGCCGCCUACUGGCGUGGCAAGAGCAUCUUGGACACACAGUUGCCCAAGGGCAAGAUGGCUGCCGUCGGUCUCAACUGGGACGAGGCCCACAAGCUGGUGCCCAGCGAUUGUUUCCCCGUCUGCCACAACAGCGAGGAUAAUUGCACUAUUUCCGGACCGGAAGAAUCUAUCGAGACCUUUGUUGCCAAACUCAAUGCCCAGCAGAUCUUUGCGAAGGCUGUAAAUAGCAGUGGCUAUGCAUUCCACAGCAAAUAUAUCGCUGAUGCUGGUCCCAAGUUGCGCAAGAGCCUGGAGAAGAUUAUACCGACUGCAAAGAAUCGCACUGCGCGCUGGAUCAGCACCAGCAUUCCCGAGUCCGCAUGGAACACUCCGGUUGCCAUACAAUCAUCGGCCGCCUAUCACGUGAACAAUCUGCUGUCGCCCGUGCUCUUCCAUGAGGCACUGCAGCAUGUGCCCAAGAAUGCCAUCUCCAUUGAGAUUGCACCACAUGGCCUACUCCAGGCAAUUCUGAAGCGGGCUCUCGGCCCGGAUGCCACCAACUUGAGUCUGGUGAAGCGCGCCCACGAGAACAAUGUGGAAUUCUUGCUCAGCAAUGUGGGCAAGCUAUAUGCAGCGGGUGCUCAGCCACAGGUCCUGAACUUGGUGCGACCCAUUAGCUAUCCGGUGGGACGCGGCACUCCCAUGUUGAACUCAAAGAUCGGCUGGGAUCACACACAGAAAUGGCUGGUUUGCAAGUUUGGCAAGGAGACCACUUCGGGUGAGACCAUCAUUGAGAUUGAUCUGUCCAAGGAGGAGGAUGCAUUCUUCGUCGGACAUACCAUCGAUGGACGCAUCCUGUUCCCAGCAACUGGUUACAUGACUCUCGCCUGGAUGACAUUCGCCAAGAUGCGUGGCGGCGAAUUCCACAAGACGCCAGUUGUCAUGGAGAAUGUGGUGUUCCAUCGUGCAACGAUUUUGAAUAAGAGCGCCGUUGUCAAGUUUGGCAUCAAUUUCUUCGAUGGUACGGGCAACUUUGAGAUCUGCGAAAGUGGUAGCUUGGCCGUCUCCGGCCGGAUCAGCAUACCGGAAAGCAUUGAUAUGGAGGAACUGCCUCUGGAUGCCCAGACACCCAACACCACAGCCAAGCAGCUGGUCACCAACGAUGUGUACAAGGAGUUGCGUCUCCGCGGCUACGACUAUGGUGGAAUUUUCCGUGGCAUUGUCAACUCGGACACCUGUGCCUCUGUCGGCAAUCUGCAAUGGGUGGAUAACUGGAUUAGCUUCAUGGAUACCAUGCUGCAGUUCAGCAUUCUCAGCAAGAACUUGCGUGAGCUGUAUUUGCCCACCCGUAUUGAGAAGGCAGUGAUUAAUCCGCUCAAGCAUUUGGAGCUGGUCAACGGAUUGAGCAAGGAAUCACAGUCGAAUGUUGGCGUACCAGUCUACUGGUAUAAUGACAUUAAUGUCAUCAAGAGUGGCGGCGUGGAGCUGCGUGGCCUCAAGGCUUCACUGGCUCAGCGUCGUCCCAACACCCAGAGUCCACCCACCUUGGAACGCUACUGUUUUGUGGCCAAUGAGAACGUUGCAGAAUUGAACGAGAAUACGGAAAAGGCUCGCUUGCACGCACUGGACGUGGCCAUUCAACUGAUCAUCGAGAACUCAAGUGGCGCUAUCAAAUUGAAGGGUGUCGAGUUGGCUAACGGACGCAAUCCCGAUGUACUGAUGGCUAAUAACUUGCUGGAGAUCAUUGAGGGUGAACCGGUGCUAACUGGCGAUGUGGCUGUUGCCACAUCCAACAACAACGAGGAGCUUAUUGCCAGCACUUUGGGAGAUUCGGGUGUACGCGUCAUUGCCAAGGAUGUGCUUAAGGAGCCCGUCGAGCAGAACUGUCACUUUGUCUUUGGCAUUGACAUUUUGUCCCGUCCGGAUACAACCACUCUGAAGAAUAGCAUUGCCAGCAUUCGCGAGACCGGUUUCCUCAUUUUUGAAGAGGGUCUAGCCACGUACACGAAGACGGGACGUGACCUCCUUGAGAAGUUCGGUUUCGUCGCUGUGCAGGAGCAGACGCUGGGCGGCACCCGUGUCCUUGUCCUGGCCCGACGUGGCGUUGACCUGAAUCAACGUAAAUCGGUUGUCGUACAGGUCACUGAGCAAAACUUUAACUGGGUAGAUGAUCUUAAGGCUGCACUGGCCACGGCUGCCACCGAGGAGCAGUAUGUCUAUGUGGUUUGCCAAAAUGAGGAACUCUUUGGUGCUAUUGGCCUGAUGACCUGCAUCAAGAAUGAAAAUGGUGGCAAGCUGGCACGCUUGGUAUUCGUGCAGGAUACAGUAUCCGCAAAGUUCUCUGUGACGGCGCCAUUGUACAAGAAACAGCUGGAGAAGGAUCUGAUUUCGAAUGUGCUCAAGAAUGGCAAAUGGGGCACCUUCCGUCAUCUGAAGCUGGAGAAGCAGCAGGCCACCCUUCAAGUGGAGCAUGCCUAUGUUAAUGCUUUGGUCAAGGGUGACUUGGCCUCGCUGAAGUGGAUUGAGGGCGCCAAGGUCGAUACGACAACCAAGAAGGACAUCGAGACCUGCACCGUUUACUAUGCACCCGUUAAUUUCCGUGACGUGAUGCUGUCCUCUGGCAAACUGGCAGCGGAUGCUCUGCCCGGCGAUCUGGCUGAACAGGAUUGCGUGUUGGGUCUGGAAUUCGCUGGUCGCGACACUGCCGGCCGACGUGUAAUGGCCAUGGUGCCGGCCAAGUCGCUGGCGACUACCUGCCAGGCAAGCAGGCGUAUGAUGUGGCAAAUUCCGGACAAGUGGACCAUGGAAGAGGCCUCAACGGUGCCCUGUGUCUAUGCGACCGUCUACUAUGCCCUCCUUGUGCGUGGACAGAUGAAGAAGGGUGAACGCAUCCUCAUCCAUGCUGGUUCAGGUGGUGUGGGCCAAGCUGCCAUUUCGGUGGCUCUCCAUCAUGGACUGACUGUCUUCACGACGGUCGGCAGCAAGGAGAAACGGGAGUUCCUGCUGAAGCGUUUCCCCAAGUUGCAGGCACGCAACAUUGGCAAUUCACGUGACACAUCCUUUGAGCAGCUGGUCAUGCGCGAGACAAAGGGUCACGGUGUUGAUCUGGUAUUGAACUCACUCUCUGAGGAGAAACUGCAAGCAUCCAUCCGCUGCUUGGGUUUGAAUGGACGCUUCUUGGAAAUUGGCAAAUUCGAUUUGAGCAACAAUAGUCCCCUGGGUAUGUCUGUCUUCUUGAAGAACACCUCCUUCCACGGCAUUCUGCUGGACAGUGUUAUGGAGGGUGAGGAGGAGAUGCAGAAUCAAGUGGUCUCCCUCGUCGCUGAGGGUAUCAAGAGCGGUGCAGUUGUGCCUCUGCCCACUUCAGUGUUUAACGACAAGCAGGUGGAGCAGGCUUUCCGUUUCAUGGCGUCGGGCAAACACAUUGGCAAGGUCGUUAUUAAGGUGCGCGAUGAGGAGGAUGGCAAGAAGACUGUGAUGCCCAAGUCGCGCUUGAUCAACGCCAUUCCACGUACCUACAUGCAUCCGGAGAAGAGUUACAUUAUCGUCGGUGGUUUGGGUGGCUUCGGCCUGGAGCUGACCAACUGGCUGGUGACGCGUGGAGCACGCUACAUUGUCCUAACCUCCCGCUCGGGCGUGAAGACUGGCUACCAGGGACUCAUGAUCCGGCGCUGGCAGGAGCGUGGUGUUAAAGUGGUAAUUGAUACCAAUGAUGUGACCACAGCCGCGGGAGCCAAGAAAUUGCUGGAGAGCAGCAACAAGUUGGCCCUGGUUGGUGGUAUCUUUAAUCUGGCUGCUGUGCUGCGGGAUGCCCUAAUUGAGGAUCAAACGGCCAAGGACUUUAAGACCGUUGCCGAUCCCAAGGUGACAGCGACCAAAUUCUUGGAUCAAUAUUCACGAACAAUCUGCACUGAAUUGGACUAUUUCAUCUGCUUCUCGAGCGUCUCAUGUGGACGUGGCAACAUUGGACAAUCGAAUUAUGGCUUGGCCAACUCCGCCAUGGAGCGUAUCUGUGAGCAGCGACAGGUUAGCGGCUUCCCAGGCACAGCGAUACAAUGGGGUGCCAUUGGCGACACUGGCCUCGUGCUGGAGAAUCUCGGUGACAAUGACACCGUCAUUGGUGGCACACUGCCCCAGCGUAUGCCCUCCUGCCUGCAGACCAUCGAUCUAUUCCUGCAACAACCGCAUCCCGUCGUGGCCUCCAUGGUCGUGGCCGAGAAACGCAAGUCGGAUCAGUCUGGCGGUGUCAGUCUAAUUUCAACCAUAUCGAAUAUCUUGGGUCUGCGUGAUAUUAAAAAUGUUCAGGACGCCUCCUCCUUAUCAGAUCUGGGCAUGGAUUCGCUGAUGGGCGCCGAAAUUAAGCAAACCCUGGAGCGUAACUUUGACAUUGUGCUGUCCACGCAGGAGAUUCGUCAACUCACAUUUGGUACGCUGAAACAAAUGGAUGGUGGUGCCGAGGUGAAACCAGCGACACCCACAGUCACUGAUGUUUCGGCUGCUGAGUCACCAGCAACGGCAAAGCCGCCAUCACGCACAGCUAGUCCACUGGGCGAUGGCACUCAGGUGGUUUUCAACAAAGAGUUGAUGCCCAUCAAGGAGAUUACGCGCCUGGAGACGCUGGCUCCCUCGAAUAGCAAAAAGAGUCCCAUUUUCUUCGUCGCACCAAUCGAAGGAUUUGCGAGCGCACUGGAGCCGUUAGCCAAAAGGCUGGAGGUCCCUGCCUACGGAUUGCAAUUCACCAACACAGUGCCCCUGGACUCUGUGGAGGCGGCAGCUAAGUUUUUCAUUAAACAGCUGCGCACAGUGCAACCCAAGGGACCCUAUAAGCUGGCCGGUUACUCCUUUGGCUGUCUGCUCACCUACGUGAUGGCCGCCAUUCUGGAGGAGACCAACGAAAUAGCCAAUGUUGUGAUGUUGGAUGGUGCGCCCACCUAUGUCAACUGGUAUACGAGCAGCUUCAAGCAGCGAUAUACAGUCGAUGAUGACAACAGCAAUAAGAGCUAUGCCCUCGCCUACUUUGGCAUUGUCUUGGCCAACAUUGACUACAAAUCGCUGGUGCGUUUGCUUUUGGUGAUACCCAACUGGGAGGAGAAACUCGAAAAGUUUGCUGAGAUAAUGAGCGUUGAAAUCAACCAACCGGUGGAAACUAUUAAAUCUGCAGCUACACUGUUUUACAAGAAACUGGAGUUGGCGGACAGCUUCAAGCCCAAGCUGAAACUCAAGUCUAAGGUGACGCUCGUUAAACCCACAGAUAACUCGGCCAAAAUGGAUGAGGACUAUCGCCUCAAGGAGGUUUGCACAAAGCCCGUGGAAGUGCACACAGUGGAAGGAAAUCAUCGCACUUUCCUCAUUGAAGAUCAGUCCUUGGCGACUAUUCAAAGUAUAUUGAAGCGACUAUUCAACUAGUUACUUUAAAAUACACUGGCAACACACGCACGCACGCACAUAGACAUAAACAAUACUCAUGCUCUCUAUAAUCCAUAUUGUUUUUAUGGAUACUAUCUAAAUGUCGCGCUCUACUAAUUAAUAAUGAUAUUAAUAUGCACAGCAUUCCAUCACAAAUGAAAUCACAGCACUCAGCUAGCACAUUUAGUAAAUGAAUUUAUAUAAUACUAUUAAGCCUACAAGGAAUGUCUACAAUUUGAAUCACUAAUUUACAAUUGGAAUAGAGGAAUCAUCAUAAUUUGUAUAUCAAUCUAUAUAAUCUUACAAUGAUUAACUGCCGUCUUGCCGGGCCUGUGGGCACCCAGGUCCAAACAAAAGUUGCCCACAUGCUCGGCGAUUCUGAGCAGUUAAACUCAGUUUAACUUCAUUCACAACUGACAUUCCUUGAGAGCUACAGCUACGGCAAUGAACGUCCCAACUUACCAAAUAUAUCUAUAUGCUAUAUAGCAAUGUGCACACUCGGCGCAUAUUUUACUUUUAAUUUGUAGCUUUAAGUCAAAAACCACAUAUAUAAUGAGUUUCAUUCCACGAUAUGUAUAUCCAAAAAGAAAACUGUUUGUUAAUUUGAUGUAUAAAAUAGGCGUAUAAAAUCACUCAUGAUUAUUGAGGGUACAUAUAAAGUCCAUAUACAUAUUUCUAUGAGUAAAUAAACACAACCAUCCUAAAUAA